GGUGGGAGAUGAGGAGGAUCCUUCAGGGGAAGUGGUGUGGCCACGGCUCCUGGAAGCCCAUUGACUGACUCCAGCAGCUUCAAUUGGCCACACUCUGCCUCUUCAGGAGGCCCUGGAGGUAUAAAUAAUAAAACAAACCAGGCAGGCCCGUUUGGCCCUGUGGAUGGCGCCUGGACCCACUGAUAAUCCCCAAGGACAAUGACUCGCAUGCUGGACCUGGGCCUGUUUCUGGCAGGCCUCCUCACUGUGAAAGGUCUCCUGCAGGACAGAGAUGCUCCAGAUAUGUAUGAUUCUCCAGUCAGGGUCCAAGAGUGGAGGGGCAAGAAGGAUGCCCGGCAGCUUGCUCGACACAACAUGGAAUUUGGCUUCAAGCUACUGCAGAGGCUGGCCAGCAAUAGCCCUCAGGGAAACAUCUUCCUAUCCCCACUGAGCAUCUCCACUGCCUUCUCCAUGCUGUCUCUCGGGGCCCAGAACUCCACACUGGAGGAAAUCCGGGAGGGCUUCAACUUCAAAGAGAUGUCAAACUGGGACGUCCAUGCGGCUUUCCACUACCUUCUCCACAAGCUCAACCAGGAGACGGAGGACACAAAGAUGAACUUAGGCAAUGCUUUAUUUAUGGAUCAGAAGCUGAGGCCCCAACAGAGGUUCCUGAACCUGGCUAAGAAUGUGUAUGAUGCGGACAUGGUGCUCACUAACUUCCAGGACUUAGAAAACACUCAGAAGGAUAUCAACAGAUACAUCAGUCAGAAAACCCACAGCAGAAUCAAAAACAUGGUAAAAAGCAUAGACCCAGGCACCGUGAUGAUUCUCACAAAUUAUAUUUACUUUCGAGGCAGGUGGCAGUAUGAAUUCGACCCAAAACAGACCAAGGAGGAGGAGUUCUUCAUAGAGAAAGGCAAGACCGUGAAGGUACCCAUGAUGUUCCAAAGGGGCUUGUACGACAUGGCCUAUGACAGCCAGCUCUCCUGCACCAUCUUGGAAAUCCCCUACCGGGGAAACAUCACAGCCACAUUUGUCCUUCCUGACAAUGGCAAGCUGAAGCUGCUGGAGCAGGGGUUGCAGGCAGACAUCUUUGCCAAGUGGAAAAGCCUUCUCUCAAAAAGAGUGGUGGAUGUGUGGGUGCCCAAGCUCCGCAUCUCGUCUACUUACAACAUGAAGAAGGUUCUGUCCCGCCUGGGCAUCAGCAAAAUCUUUGAGGAGAAUGGUGACCUCACCCGGAUCUCAUCUCAUCGAAGCCUGAAGGUGGGAGAGGCUGUGCACAAGGCUGAACUGAAGAUGGAUGAGAAAGGCAUGGAAGGGGCUGCAGGCUCUGGAGCCCAGACAUUGCCCAUGGAGACCCCACGACAUAUGAAGCUAGACAGACCCUUCCUCAUGAUGAUCUAUGAGAAUUUCAUGCCUUCCAUGGUCUUCUUGGCAAGGAUUUAUGACCCUAGUGGGUAAUAAAGGAGCAUUCCCUGUUGGCUUCAGACCCCACCCAUUUCCAAGGGUUGCACCUCCAAAACCUCUCCAAACAAUGCCACCCACCAGGGACCAAGUGUUAUGGAGUCCCAACACGGCCCAGCAGCCCAGCUUCCUCUAGGGACUUUGUGCUCUGUACCCAUUUAUAGCCUCUCCCAAGCCAUCAGCACUCCUGGACCAAAUGCCAACCUUUACUCCCACUAUGCCCACAUCUCCUUCAUCCCUGAAGGCAGGGAGUGUCUGUGAUGUGAUAAACUCCACCUCCCCUGACCCAUCUGCUAGAGUCAGGUAGAUGCUCAGAGGGAAAUGGGAGCCACAGACAGUGAACCGAGCCUGGGUAGAAGAAGACAUUGCUAGGAAAGCCACGGGUCUCAUUUUGGAACCUCUCUGCCUCCCUUUCUGACGUGAGGAUUGCCCUGCUCCUUGAUGAGGCGUUGAGGAAAUCGGUGCCAAUUCCUUGCAGAAUUCGUUUUCCAUUGUGAGUUCCAGGCUGAGAACUCUGGCAUGCGUGUUACAUGGCUCACCUCCCAGAGUGUCCAGGUAGGGUUGGUGCUAGCCCAGCUAGACCUCCGGGAACACGGUGGAAGUGACCCAGCAUUAGAAGAAGGCUGCCUUGGGGUGAAGCUGGAGAUCGCUGCCAGAUUUGUUCAUUUCUUUCGGUCACAGGAGGAAGAUUCUAAGGUUCCUCGGGCCUCUGGUCAAAGACGGGUUCUACUAUUGAACCUUUGGAAAAUGGGGGUCUCUACCUGUCUCAGAAAACUGACCCUGUGGUGUCAACUUACUGCCACUAGGGGGCACCAAGGGCCAGACCAAUGGUGUGGGUCUGGAGCGCAGAGGGAUGCCUUUAUCCCUCUGGCUGUGAAUAGCCUGUGCAGGCCUUGUUGGGGGAGGGACACUCAGACGGGCUUGGUACCUUUAAAGCAGCAAUUGUCACUUCUUGCCUAGCAGUUCUCAGAACACCGUGACCUUCGUGCUUUGUUCACUAAAGCUCAAUAGGCAACCAGAAUGAGCAAGCCUUGUGGAGGAAAUGAAGCUUAGAGAGGCGACUCGGCUUCCUGUGGCGUUAGAGUAAGCUUAGCAUAGCAGUACUGGAGUUUGUGGUAGGAAGCUCUCUCGUUGCUAUACAUCUCUGCUCCAGCCAAUGAGAGGCCAGCAAUCACCUCUUUCCGCCAUCCGACCCCUAUGGGAUGAGGAUCCUCGGAGGCCAGGCCUGUGGAGAGGUCUGGGAACGACCGGGUGAGCAGAAAGUUUCAGAGUCAGCUGCUUACCUGGGUGGAAGUAGGAGUUGGGGAGAAACCAGUGGAUCAGAGGCUGAGCUCCCCUUGAGCAAUUUACUACAUCACAGUUUAUAAGUCGUGGUGCUGCUCAUGAGGCACGGCCACGUUAGCCACUGAUCCGCUGAGUGGCCCAGCUGGAGCCAGAGCCAAUGCAUGUACCGAGGGAAUAGUGAUGGAUGCCUCCGGGGACCAGGUAGACUAGAAGCAUUCCGUGAGAUUCUACCUUAAGACCCUGGUUACCGUCUUCUGUCACCUCCUCCAGUCUGAGAUGGCCAGCGUCUUCCUACGGAUAUCAACUCUAAAUAUCUAGCCCCCCUUCCCUCCCCCACAGUCCCGUGGGAAUGCCCUCCUUCUCCUGAUGAGUCCCUACUCGCCCUCCGUUCUUACCUCUUCACAGGCUUCCAUCCUCUUCCUCGGUAUCACUCAAGCAGCCUUUCUUCCAGGAAAUGGCCCACUUCCAAGCUCAUUAGUGUCUGUGUGUCUGUCCCCUCUCCUUCCACUUGAGCUGAAGUCAGUCAGAGCACACCAUGGGCUACAGUUAAGCUCAUGUCUACAGUCUCCACUAACCAUAGAAACGGCUCCCUGAGGUACAGGAAAGCACAUGGCAGGACAGUCAGAUCCUAUUUCAGGACCCCAGAAAGGAAACCAACACAAUUAUAACCCCUGAUUCCAAUUAUAGGGCUCAGUCAGAUAGUGUUUGCCCAGUAUGUGUGAAGCCAUGGGUAUAAAAAUACCGUCUUAAAAAUGAAGGAAAAAAAAAAGGAAGAAGUUAAAAGUACAAUAUUUUCCCAGGAUAGUUAACAAGAGACAAAAUACAAACCUGUCUUCCAAACAGAAAUUGGACAUAAGCCCUAACUUUUAAAAAUGACUGUUGCUUAGCAUAAAUAUUUCCCAAUAUGGUUCCUGACCUUCACAACCACAUGUUCAAUACUCACAAUAAAAAUCACAUAUCUGC